AUGAAUACUUAUGAGCGUGACGUGAUGUGUGUUUCAGUCGCUCCGAUCGUUUCGCUCCGUCUCGGAAACUCGAUCGACCCGAACGGCAUCAAAGAGGGAGACGACGUGUACUUUGAUUGUCACGUGAAAGCCAACCCACCGUCGACGAAGCUCACUUGGUAUCACAACGGUCUUACGUUGAACUUGAACUCGUCGGCGAGAACAAUGAAAAGCGACAACAACUUGGUUUUGCAGAGAGUGACCAGAAACGUUGCUGGCAGAUACGCUUGUCGAGCAACAAAUUCGGAAGGAGAAUCGUUCAGCAACGAACUCAGUCUACGGAUUAAAUAUGCACCUGGCUGCAGGACUGAACGGGUGAUGGUGAUCGGCGCUUCCCGGGGCGAGAGCAUGGACGUUCCUUGCGAGGUGGACGCUGACCCUCCAGCCAAAGGGUUCCGGUGGAAGUUCAACAACUCUGGAGAGACGAUCGAAAUCGGACCAGAACGGUACAUAUCCAAUGGCACGGCCAGCGUGCUCAGAUACACACCUGUCGCCGACCUAGACUACGGCACUCUGUCGUGUUGGGCAAUGAACGGGGUCGGUCACCAGUCCGUGCCCUGCCUAUUCCAAAUGGUGGCCGCCGGUAAACCGCAGUCGGUGCACAACUGCACUGUCCGGAACAACACCGACGGCGCGGUGGACGUGCAGUGCGAACCGGGCUACGACGGUGGCCUGCAGCAGGUGUUCGUGCUGGAGGUGUUCGCCGAGAACCUGGACAGCCAGGUGGACGGCGAGGCGCUGUACCGGAACAUGACGGACCGGACGUCACCACGCUUUUCGCUGGGCAAGGUCGCGCUGGGCGUGCUGUACACGGCGCGCAUGUACGCGGCCAACGCCAAGGGCAAGUCCACCGCCGUCACACUGCCCAGAUUUUCGUUUCCCAGCUCCGAGAACCAAAUGGGUAAGCUAAGAGAGAACUCUAAAAAAUAUGAUAAAAGAUUAUCAUUAUCUAUAUCUCCAAUGAAGAAUUUAAACACGCCUUUGACUUAA